AUGAAGUCUUUGGAGUAUUUGAAUGAAACAGGUAUUAAAUGCCUCAAGUGUGAUGAAGAAGCUAUUAUCAAAGUAAGGAGUGAUGUAUACUGCAAGCAGUGCUACCUCAGAUUUAUUCGAGGGAAACAACGUAAGCAAAUGUCAAGCGAUAAGUACAAGGUCAAGUAUCUGCGAGAUGGCGCUUCGCAUAGUACAGAGAAAGUUCUAUUGGCUUUCUCCGGUGGAGUCUCAUCAUUAGUGCUAUUAGAUGUGUUAGCUAGAUUAUUGGAAGAGCAGAAAAAUACACAUAGAGAUUUGCAAGGGUUUGAACUAGUUGUGGCAAAUAUAAGCGAAUCGGAUGGGACAAAGCUGGAGUCGCUGCUUAGCUCAAGUAGUAUUAUGCAAACACUUUUAGAGUUGGUGGGUAAUUACGAAGUCAGUAUAAAAGUCAAGGUGGUUACUCCAAACAUUGAUCCUGUGUUUUUGCGACGUAUUGGCGUUGAUUAUGAGUUUAACACGUUUGCCAACAAUCUCUCUAUUGAGGAACAAUCUGUAUCCAGUCUUGCCGAAAUACUACGUGCAUCUCCGAACAGAUCAUCUUCUGAAGACUUACGUGACGUUAUAUUUCAUCAAGAGUUGUUAAGGUUGGCGCAAAGUGAAGGAUGUGGGACUAUAGUUUAUGGACACUCAAUGUCAAGACUAGCCAUUGAAGUAUUAGCGUUGACUGUGAAGGGGCGUGGAUCGAAUGUUCACUCGACAAUCUUGGACAGAGUGGAAGAUUAUUGUGGUGACCAAAUCAGUAUAAUAUAUCCAUUCCGAGAUCUUUUCGAAUAUGAGUUACGCGAGUAUGCGGUACUUUCGGACUUGAUGCAAUACGAAUCUGCAUUUGCAAAAUAUGCGGUACCCAAAUCCAAAGUUUCAAAGAAUAUGACGGUUCGAGAAAUUUUGUCCAUGUACUUGGACAGGUGGGAUGAGUCCGGCUACUUGUCAACCGCAUCGACGGUGGUUAAGAUUGGUGAAAAGUUGACAGUUCCUACAUCGCAAAACAACAGCAGUACUUAUUGCUGCGAUAUUUGUGCAAAGAAAAUAUACCAAGAUCCAAAGGAUUGGCUACAAAUGAUAACUGUCAAUGAGCCAGCCCCUUUAGUUUCAGAUGAGGAACGUGAUUAUUUGCACCAGUAUCUUACUUCACAUACGGACACUAUAAGCAAGUCUGGCGAACACGUAAAUUUGUGUUAUGGUUGCAUUACUGCCAUAAAUGGAGCCGGUGGUGACUCUGGUGUUAUUUGGCCAUUACAAAAGGAUGUGAAAUUUGAUCAUGGAGAAAAGGAAAAAGCUAAAGUUUUGAAAGAGUAUUCGUUGGAGUAG